AUGGCUUGUCGUUUGUACCUUCACCCGCUGGUGCUCUCAACCGCCCAGCAAUUCUUCUUCAUCUACAUCGCAGGCUUCACGUCGCGCACAUCGAUCCUACGCCCAAUUGGCUUCAUCAUUGUUCUUAUCACCACUUUCGUGGCACUAUUUAAUUUUGAAGACUUCAUCGAACCACCAGGAUGGGUCUCUCGAGCUAUCAUAUCGGCAUUCCCUCAGAUCUCAUUGACGUACUUUGAGCGCAUGAUUGUGCGAAAGAUUGCGUACGCUGAGGAUCGCGAAAAGAAGGACCAGCCUGCUCAAUCAAGGUUCGCAGAGUUUCGCUCGCGAUAUGUCUUUGGACAAGAGGUUGCGUCCUCGAUGAGAGGACUGGGCACGCCGUGGGAGAUCAGGAACAUCCAUCAUUUUGACUCCAAGGACCCAUCGUACGUCCCAGGAGCGACACCAUUUGUCUGCAUCAAUUUGCUCAAAGUGCUGCUUUGCUUCUUUGUCCACAAGUUCUGCAUCACUACGCAGUUGAGUCUGAACCAGGAGUACAUGGCACCAGGCUAUGUGCCUGUGUUUCGACGCAUUGGAGACGUGACAAUGGCAGAGCUGCAAGUUCGGUACGUUGCGACCGUAACGACGGUUGUGUCUAUCUUUUGCUUCAUCCAGGGCGGCUACUCGCUGGCUUCUGCGACUUCAAUCAUGAUGAACCCCAAAGCUGUCAAAGAUUGGCGACCGAUCUUUGGUGAAUUGUCCGAGUCGUAUUGUCUUCGACGUUUCUGGUCCACUGUUUGGCAUCAAGGCCUGCAGAAUAAUCUCCGAGGUACUGCUACAUGGAUCGUAAAGAACGUAUUCCGCCUCAAUUCUUACUCUUUGCCGUCUCGAUACCUGAAGAUCCUCCUUGCUUUCGCGCUGUCAGGUCUUGUUCAUGUCCCUAGUGAUAUGGGAAGUGCAGUGCCAGCGGCCAAAUCUGGAGCCAUUCAAUUCUUUUCCACACAGUUGAUUGGACUUAUGCUGGAGGAUUUAUUUGGAGAUUUCUUCCUUCCUCUCUGGAAAUACAAGGCUACUAGAGUCAUUGCAAAGCUGGCGGGUUACUUCUGGGUUAUUAGUUUUCUUGCUUGGUCGGGACCUUUAUCUACAUCUGAGAACAUCAUGAUCUCGCCUCUCCAGGCCAUAGCCGCUCUUUCUUUGGGCUACAUUGUUCUCUCUACUCUGCAGCUGCUUUGGAAUUACAGAAAGGCCAAAGCUAUCGGCCUUCCAGUGCUCAUCACACCUAUCGAUCCUUCAAACGUUCCUUAUCUUAUUUGCUCCAGCUGGCUGGAACCUCUGCUACGCAAGAUCUUGCCCUUUGGAUUGGGAAAUUUUGUUGAGUACAACAGUCGCGACUGGAACUACGAACAGAUUCAUGGUUUGCAAGAGCUCAUUGGCGAUACGUUCAUCAUCGUCAGUCCCAAGCAAAUUCGUGUCUUCACUGGCAACGCCAAAGCAUCUGAUGACCUCUGUCGCCGACGCAAGGACUUUGUCAAGGCUGUAGCUCUCUACAAACCUCUUGAGAUCUUCGGUCGCAAUGUCGUGACUACUGAGGGUGACGACUGGGUGCGACACCGAAGAAUCACCACCCCUCCGUUCAAUGAGAGGAACAGCGCACUUGUGUGGGAUGAAUCCAAGAGACAGGCUACCGAUAUGCUUGAGAUGUGGGCUUCAAACCCCAAAGGCGUUGUCAAUCCCCAGAGCGAUACCAUGGUGCUUGCUCUACAUGUUCUCACAGCUGCUGGCUUUGGCAGAAGUUACACCUUUGGAAGCGGACUCGAGAGCGAACUCGAGAACCACAGUCUCAGCUAUCGCGACUCUCUCAGUCUAAUCCUCGGAAACCUCUUCACUGCCGUUUUUACCGCCACUCUUGGCCUCCCAGCAUGGAUGCUUCCUUCCAGGUUCAAAAAGGUGCAGGACGCCGUGGUCAAUUUCCGCCAGUACAUGGCUGAGAUGGUCGAGGAAGAGCGCGAGGCCAUGAACGCCGGCGCAGAGGAGCAAGACAACCUCAUGAGUAUCCUAGUGCGCGCCUCAGAGAAUGAGAACAAGCAGGGUAAGGGUGCCCGACACUUGACGGAUACUGAGAUCUACGGUAAUCUGUUCAGCUACAAUCUUGCUGGUCACGAAACAACAUCCAACACUCUCGCCUACGCGACCAUCCUUCUCGCAGCGAACCCCGAAUGGCAGAAAUGGGCUGCUGAAGAAGUCGACCAAGUCACUGCGGGCGUCAAUGUCAAGGACCUGGACUACGAAACUUUUUACCCUCAAUUGAAGCGCGUACUCGCUAUUAUGCACGAAACACUACGACUAUUCGGGGCAGCAAGAGCAGUCCCCAAGACCACCCUCGUGGACCAAACACUCAAGGUCAACGGUACUGCCUACACGAUACCCAAAAACACCUUUGUCGGCGUCAAUCUGGCAGGCCUGCAUACAUCAUCCGCAUCAUGGGGCGACAACGCCCUAGAAUGGCUCCCUAGCCGUUGGGUCACCCGGGACGAGACCGAAGGCGAGAAGAUGGCCCCAAUGCCUACUGGAGCUUUCCUACCAUGGGCCGCUGGACCGCGCGUGUGUCCUGGUAAAAAGUUCUCACAAGUGGAAUUCGUGGCUGUGCUUGUGUGCCUUCUGAAGGGGUAUACCGUGGAGCCCGACACAGACGGUGUAGACGACCUCAAAGCUGCGGCGUCAAUGGCUCUCAUGGAAGAGGCGAAGCAGUCCAGUUUCAAUUUCCUGCUCAAAGUAAAGCACCCUGAGAAGAUCAAGCUACGGUGUGUGCGGCGGGACGCCGAAGCCCAGGAGUAA